AUGACAUCCUUACAGCAGAGCAAACUCGCCUUCAUCGGCGGUGGCAACAUGGCCUCGGCCAUCAUCGGAGGUCUCGUGAGCCAGGACAUGAACCCCUCCAACAUCACCGUCUCCGAGCCAUGGGAUGUCAACCGCGAAAAGAUCGCGAAGAUGGGUGUGCAGACGACGACCUCCAAUGGUGAAGCUGCAGGCAACGCAGAUAUUGUGGUCAUUGCCGUCAAACCUCAAACCACCAAGAAUGUCUGUCAGGAGCUUGCCGCCGCCUGGUCACAGCGCACAUCACUCCCUGUGGUUGUCAGCAUUGCGGCGGGUAUUACGCUCAAUAGCUUGAAAGAGUGGCUCAAGACGAGCGAUGGCCGGACUGCGCAUAUCGUCCGCGUCAUGCCCAACACGCCGGCUUUGGUCAAGGAAGGCGCAUCGGGACUUCUGGCUAGCGACGAUGUGACGGCAGAGGAGAAGGAUCUUAUCGGAACUCUACUCCAGACCGUUAGCAAGGCUACCGAGUGGGUGGAUAAGGAGGAACUGCUAGAUGUUGUGACCGGUCUGUCCGGAUCUGGGCCUGCAUAUUUCUUCGCUAUGGUGGAACACUUGGUUGCCAGCGCCACUGCUCUGGGUCUCUCCAAGGAGCAAGCCACAAGGUUGGCGGCUCAGACCUGCCUGGGUGCGGGCAAGAUGCUGGUCGAGUCGUCGGAGGAACCGGCCCAGCUGCGCAAGAACGUGACUAGUCCAAACGGGACAACGCACGCCGCCCUCCAGACAUUUGAGUCGCUGAAUUUCAAGGAUAUUGUUGACAAAGCAGUACAGGCGGCCACAUCUCGUGCGGCGGAGCUCGGAGAGACACUUGGGAAGCUCUAG